AUGAAUGCAACCGCAUAUCUUGAUGCUCUCAUAAAUGCUCUUAAAGAUGUGAUGGAACCAUUUAUACCUACAAUCCCUAUGGCGGUGUACUUUGGAGCCGAUGGGUUGAUCAAUAGUUGUGAGCUCAAGACCUUAGUUGUUCAAAAUGCUCCAAGAGUUGUCAUUGGUGGUCAACCUAAUGAGCUCUACACCUUGGUUAUGAUCGAUCCAGAUGUGCCAAACCCAAAUGCGCCACACCUCAGCCAACUCGUAUCAUGCAUUGUGACCAACAUUCCUGGUGGGGCAUCAUGUGCGCAAGGAACUGAAAUUGUGUCAUAUGUGGGACCCAACCCUCAAAUUGGUGUCCAUCGAUACAUACUUAUUUUAUACCAACAGCAGGCGCGACUAGAUGAUAUAGACGCAAUUGAGUCUCGAUUUUUCUUCAAUGUUAAUGGUUUUGCCAACAUGCACAACUUGGGAAACCCUGUAGGGUUGUCAUAUUUUAAUGUUCGAAGGCAAGCUAAUGGAAGGAAUGCAAUUGCAUGA